UUUUCUUGUCUAUUCAUAGAAGGCACAGGUCGCCCUCCAGAGGUCGUGAUAGGGACUACGAGCCCAUGGACAAAUUUAGGCACCGCGACAGUGACAGAAGCAGGCCAUACAUUAGUGAAAGAGAGAGGCCCUUUGGCAAUGAUAGGGACCGUCCCUUCAGCAGUGACAGAGACCGACCCUACAGCAACGACAGAGACCGACCCUACAGCAAUGACAGAGACCGACACUACAGCAGUGACAGAGACAGACCCUACAUCAGUGACAGAGAGAGACCCUACAGCAGUGACAGAGACAGGUCCUACAGCAAUGACAGAGAUAGGCUUUACAAUAGUGAAAGAAACCGGCCAUACAACAAUGACAGAAGUAGGCAUGAGGAUGAAAUUAGCAGUUUCAGCAACAGAGACAGGAGUCCCAGGCCAGGUGGCAGAGGUUUUAGUGGAGGGUCAAAUGAUUUCAAUUAUCCCACGCACAGAGACGGCAGCUUGGAAAGGAUGUCAUCCUUACUUGGAACGAAAAGGUCAUAUGACUUCUGAGGAAACAAAGAAGAGUCACCCAUAAGAAACUUGCAGUAACUUUCAUCAUGAGAGGACCCAUAGUUAAAGGUCUUGUAUCAGCAAUGAAUGGACCCAAGUUAAAGGUCUUGUACCAGCAAUGGAUGAUACUGCUUCAGUGAUGAAAUUCAUGUCCUUAUAGAAAAGUAUUUUCGUUAUCUUUGGUUUUGACAUAAUGGUAAUAAUUUUCUUUCAUCUUAAGUAAUGGAAUGUUAGUGGUUAGGUUAUGUAGUUCCUUAGUACCCUUGUUUUGUUUUGUUUUUACAUAUUUUUUGUUUUUCUUACUUUCAAUAUUACUAUUGUAUUCACAUUUUUAUAAGCUGCAUCUUUUUUUUCAUUUAAAAUGUAGCAUAGUUAGUUUUACAAUUGACAUAAAGUCUAGUGAAUUCUUUGGUGAUUUUUUUUAUACCAUCCUAGAACAUUAUUUUUACAUUAGUGCAAAUAAAUGCCACACAUCAAUUUGUAUAAUAAAUACACAGGAUAAUUUCAUAUUAGUCAAAGACUGUAUUGCUUGACACCAGUGUUAACCCAUUGCUGCAGAGGAUGACACGUACACACUUCAUGCCCACAAUGGGCUUAAUUUAUUAAUUAUUUAUAUUGAUGCUUAGUCACCAAUGAGUCAGUCACUAGUAUGACCUAUCUCAACUGUAAACCCUUUUCCUUGAUUUUUGGAAUUAUUUGACUUUAUUUUAUAUUGCUAUUAGCAUUGUUAACAACACUGUUAACAAGUGCUUGUGAAGCCAUUGAUGUGUAAAUGCAUUUCACAAAAUAUUACUGUGAACAUCACAUUUUCCUGGCUGCAUUGGGUUAAUAGUCUUUCUGGUAACAUCCAUAUUUUAAAGUUCCUUUAAGGAGGGAAAUGGUGGUUGCCAUUUAAAUAUAAUAUAAUGAAAGUGGCAAUUUUGAUAUCAGUAAUGAUUUUAAGAAAUAGUUACAUGUAAGCUCAAACAGUUAGCAAGUCAUGAGGAAGUGAUAUGUAUAAGUAAGGGAACAGCAUAUAUUCAGGAAUAAUUAGAUGGUAAUCAAAGACUUCACCAUGAAUUUCUUUUAUGAAUUUUAUUUGCACAAUGAUGGCAUUUUAGGACUUUUUAUGCUGUUAAUAAUGAUGUAAUUAUUGUUGACAUUAUAAUUCUUAUAAUGGUAUUAAUACAAAUAGCAAUAAAGAAUAAAAAAAAUAAUAUUGCCAAAAAUCAAGGAAAAGUGUGAACAGGUAAGCUAGGUAGGUUUAGUAUUUGACUCCUUGUUAAAGAAGCACUUGUGGAACCACCCAGGUGCAAAGGCAAUCAGGAAAAAAAAAGACAGUGGGCCUGGCAUGUAUUCUUGCCAUCCUAGCACGACUUUGUACAUUGGCCUUUCCUCUUUUGUGGUACAGGAGAUGACAGAGGAUCUUUCAAGUCCAUAAUGCAUUGUACAGGUAUCCCUUGUUAUUGGUAAAAUUACAAUGGUUAUCAUUAUUCGGAAUUUUCAGUAAGUGCAUUGUUAGCUACAUGUGCACUAUUGGUUAGUAAAAUUGAUAACAUAAAAUGACUGAGGAAAUGACUGAAACGUGAGAGAGCGCGAACUAUUCUUUAUAUACAUUCAUAUAUUUUACAUAAACUGAAUGUUAUUUGGAAUACUGGUAUUUUAUGAUAGAGAUUUAACCCAAUUUGUUUUGAUUACAUACUGAUGGAUUUCCUAGAAAACUCGUUAUCUCUGCAUAUCACAGUUUGUCAUGAUGAUAUUGUCACAUUCAUAAAAAAGUCAGUCUGUGGAGACCAUCCCCCAAAUGAUAGGACAAUGUGGUCAUUAUGGCAGCUCCUCUUCUUCUUCUUCAUGAACAAAAAAAUUCUUUGUAGUAGGGAUAUGUCAUUUGCCAGUUGAUGUUUUAUUUUAUGUUCAUCCAGACCAAAAUAAUUAAAAUCCUAACAAACAUAUUUUUUGGUCAUGUUUAUUAAUUACUAAAUAUAUAUAUAAAUAAAUAUUCAGAAAUAAAUACAGUUUAGAUUAAAGUAUUCAUUGCUAUAUAUUGAUCUAGAUAUUUUUCAUUACAAACACACCCUGCAGUUUGUGUAUACAAUUAUGGCAUGAUUGUAUUGUAAUUGUGGCUACAAAGCUCAGUAUUAGAUAGUGGAAAAACUAUCUGUGGACCUGUAAUUUAAAUCAUAUAAUCUUUAGUUGUUAAACUUCAUAGAUUUGUAAAGAGACUAUAAAUAAAAAAAGUUUAUUUAUAUUUGUCUGUAUUUGGAGUUAAAUUUAAAAAGAAAAUGUUUUCUGUAAAAGGAGGUCUUUUUAUUUUAAGAAAUAAGGAUGUUUAUGUAAAAGAAGGAAGUGUCUACAGCUCACCAACAUGGGCAUUUGCAUUGUAAUAUCACUGAAAUACCAACUUUAGGUAAAGGAAAAGAACAUGGGUGAGCAUCCUUUAAUUAGUGUUGUUUUUCGUAAAUUUUACAUUAAUCUUAUUUUUGAAUUAAAUAAAUGUUAUACUGUAAUAUUUUCAGUCUAAUAAAAGAUUAAAAGAAUU